GACUUGUAGCUGUUGGCCGUGAAAUUGGUGGCUUGUACAAGCUUUGUUUGACCAGCAAUGAGAUGUCGUGUGUGGUCAAAACUCAAGAUGACAUGAUGUUGUGGCAUCGUCGUAUGGGUCAUCUAAACGAACACAGUCUUAGAACUUUGCGACAGCUUGUAAGUGGAGUUGAUUUUCCCGAUUCGUCUGUUCUUCCGUGUGCAGUAUACCUGCAAGGCAAACAUCAUCGUCAGCCUUUCAGCAAGAUAGGGUCAAGAGCUAGUGAGAUCAUGGAUUUGAUUCACUCUGACUUAUGUGGACCUAUGGAAGAGGAAUCACUCGGUGGAAGCAGAUACUUUCUGACGUUAGUAGAAAGUUGUUUGUGUACUUUAUAAAAUCAAAGUAUGAAGUACUGGAUUGCUUUCAACAGUUCAAAGCCUUCGCAGAGAAGCAAACAGGAAAAUCCAUCAAGCGGCUUAGAACGGAUAAUGGAACCGAGUAUAUAAACCCUGCUAUGAAAAAGUUCCUUAAUUCUUCCGGAAUGUUACACGAAACUACUGUCCCGUAUACUUCUGAACAAAACGGACUUGCUGAACGCAUGAACCGGACUGUUGUUGAGAAGGCAAGGUGUCUCCUUUUCGAUGCCGGUUUGGAAAAGAUUUUUUGGGCUGAAGCAACGGCAAUGGCAGCGUAUCUUAUUAAUCGCUCUCCGACAAAAGGUAUUAGUGUUACACCAAAAGAAAAGUUCAGCGGUGAGAAGCCAGACCUAACUGGAUUGCGUGUGUUUGGAGCCAAGUGUAUGUACUACGUUCCGAAGCCACACAGGUGCAAGUGGGAUGCUAAGUCAGAGCAUGCAAUAUAUUUAGGGGUUACCUCUCAAUCGAAGGGAUUUAGAGUCUACAUUCCGCGAACGAAGAAGGUAUAGUUGCACGUGACCUCAUUUUCUUGAGCGAAGAAAAUAUUGUGAACCAAAGUAUGGAAAUAGCUGAAAAAAACGAGAAUGCGAGGGUAGAGGUUACCAUUGUAAAUCAUCACAAGAUGACAGAUGAAGUUAACAACUUGGAAUCCAACGAUGACGAAAAGUAUGACAGUGCAAACAAUUCACUCAACAUUUCAUCACCAUCAACCAUUACGCUCCCUUCACAAAAUACUUCACAGCAAUUGAUCAGGCACAGUGAAAGGGAGCGCCGAUUUCCAGGCGAGUAUUUGGAUUAUGAUUUGACGUGCAGUGUAAUUCCCCAAGAUAUUUCUUUUUGUCAGGAAUCAAUGUCGUGUACUGAUGGUGGCGAGCCGAAAUCUUUUGAAGAGGCAAACGAUAGUAGAGAUAAGGAGAAGUGGUACAGUGCAAUGAUGGACGAAAUAGAGGCACUGAAAUCAAAUGACACCUGGGAAUUGGCAGAUCUACCACCAAGGCGAACACCACUCAAGAAUAAAAGGCUUAGACUACACAGAAACUUAUGCACCUGUAGUCAGAUAUGCGAGGGUUCGUUAUUUGUUAGCAAUGUCAGCUCAGUUGAAUUUACGAGUAUAUCAACUAGAUGCAAUAACAGCAUUUCUUCAGGGUGAAUUAUCUGGAGAAGAGAUAUUUAUGCAGCAACCUGAAGGAUUUGUUGACCCGACGGCUAAAGAGAAGGUAUGCCGUUUGCGGAAAGCCUUAUACGGUCUUAAGUAGUCCAGCCGAGUUAAAUUGGACACAGAAUUGAAGACGAUCGGUUUCAGACGGUCCAAUUAUGAUCCAUGCGUAUACUAUAUUUCAGAUAAAGAUCAAUCAUCGUAGUUGCUGUAUAUGUUGACGAUCUACUUGUGUUCUCGAAUGAACCAAGUUGGGUUAAUGCUGUAAAACGAAAAUUAUUUUUGAAAUUGAAAAUG